AGUGUAGACAAGAACUGUGAAGAGUGUAGACAAGAACAUAUAGAGAGAGAUGAAGCAAAAGAGAAGAAACAGAAUCUGUCUUAUUCUGUGAAAUCAGCAAUGAGGAGAAAAGAACAACGAAACUCUUCUUCGUCUCCAACUAGAUCUCGUGAUUAUGCAUGUACAACGGAACUGUUGCUGCUGCUUGAAAUUCUGAAUCUGAUGAAUUGA